AUGUCAGAAACAGCUAUGGAACAAAGCUCCGAUAGCUGCCCCUACACGGUUCUGGCCAAGUGGAACUCUUGGUUCUUGGUUCGAUAUCUCGACGAUGAUUUGUAUGAUGUGUUGAAGAGCAAUGAUCUACACCACAGCAUUCGGGAUAUGGGUUACUCAAACCUUCCCUCCUUCAGCCCAGAUAAGGACUUAAAAUACGUCGAGAAACACAAGUACGCCGGAAUCGAAUACAUGGGAUACAUAUCAUUCGGUUCCUAUACGAUCAUCAUAUUCAGCGUGGAAGACGAAGACAGGCCAGUGAGGUGGCUGACAAAGUCCAAGUUGAUCAAAGCGCUGGGAGAUGAUAAGGGCACUGUGGAUGAUCUUCUGGAAGACGGCAGCAAGAAUAUGCACGCGAUGAGGAAAGCUGGAAAUAACGCAUACAGUGCUGUGAGUGCAUCAAAGACUGACAGUAUAUUCAUCAGCGACGAGAACAAAGGUAAAGAGCAAAACAAAGCCAGAUCAGCGAGUGAGGACUACGAAAGACCAGUCAAAAGUCGAGAAACUCCUGACCCUGAUUAUCCAAGACUCCGCAAUACGUCAGACAUCCAUAGUACACGCUUUCAGAAUCGGAAUAGGUCAGGGUCUCCUGAUGCGACCAAUAGAAGCGGCCGAACGCCCGGGCCGCGAGAGGGCGGCACAGUCGUCUAUGGGCGUCAAUACGGGGAUGACCUUCGUGGGUUCGUGGAAAGAGAUGAUGGGGCAUUUGAGAUUGAAGUGCUAGAACAUUGCCCUGACCACUGCCUAUCCCCAAACAGUAACACGACAAGCCUCGGACCAAUGGCAGACAAAGAUUUCCUUGAGAGACACAAACGCGACCGUAAAUUGGAUACAUCGAUGGUUAAGAUAGUAGGUUGUGCAGCAAAAUGGCAUUCGAAGGACAAUCAUAUGGCACACAUAUACGUCCUUCUUGAAAUCGAGAGCAAAAACAAGGACGAGGAAAAGAAGCUCAAAGACCUUCUUGAUGACCUCCGAAAAACGGACGGAGAAAAAUAUUCGGGCCCCAUCAUAUGUAGCUAUAGUACAUUCAAAGCACACGUUCGCACGAAGAAAGAGGACCUGCAACUUCUGGCCAAGCUCUUGAGGAAAUCCCAGUUUGCCAAGAAGGCGCAAGCCGAUCACGGUUUCGAUGUCGCAAGAAAAAUAGAAGAGAAGCCGGCAAGAGCAAAGAAGGCAAACAAAGCAAGGAAGGACACAGAUGACGACAAGAAGCAGAAGGAUCGAGACGACCGAAUGUUGGACAAUAUGCAGCAGAUGCUCGAACCGAUUCUUGCUGACAUCUCAAAGAGGCUUGCCAAAGCAGGACUAUAG